UCACUUGUUUUGCCAAGAACAUCUCACAAACUAAACACAUCAAGAGUGAGAGGAAACUAAGAGAAGAUAUCAUGGCAACAAUGAAUGGAAAUGAUAAAGCUACUAGCACCAAAGAAGAGCCAAAUUACAGAGGAGUCAGAGCCAUGCCCUUUGUCAUAGGAAAUGAGGCAUUUGAGAAGCUAGGGACAAUCGGAACCUCAUCAAAUCUCUUGGUUUACCUCACUACUGUCUUCAACAUGAAAUCUAUUACAGCAACUAAUAUUAUCAAUAUUUUCAAUGGCACUUGCAACUUUGGUACUUUGCUGGGAGCUUUCUUGUGUGACACUUACUUUGGACGCUAUAAAACUCUUGGUUUCGCUUCCAUUUCGUCUUUUUUGAAUCCAGGGGGGGCUAUAGACCACCCUCGUCCCGUGCUAACUCCGCCACUGCAUCCGCCUGAAUGUGGAAAAGAAGCUGGAAGCAUAUGCUCAGGGCCAACGGCAUGGCAACUUGUGUUUCUAUUGAGUAGUUUCGCGCUAUUGAUUAUUGGAGCUGGUGGGAUAAGGCCGUGUAACUUGGCUUUUGGAGCGGACCAGUUUAAUCCUAAUACAGAAUCAGGAAGAAAAGGAAUCAAUAGUUUCUUUAAUUGGUAUUAUUUUACCUUCACCUUUGCUAUGAUGGUAUCUAUCACGAUCAUUGUCUACGUGCAAACGGAUGUUAACUGGGGAAUAGGCUUAGGCAUCCCGGCAUUUCUUAUGUUCUUAUCGUGUGCUUUCUUCUUCGUUGGUACUAAAAUGUAUGUCAAAGUUAAGCCUGAAGGGAGUCCUCUUACGAGUUUUGCUCAAGUUGUGGUAGCAGCAAUCAAGAAGCGAAAAUUGGAGUUACCUGAACAACCUUGGCUAUCAAUGUACACUUAUAUGCCUGCUAAUUCAAUCAACUCGAAGCUUCCCUAUACAGAACAAAUCAGAUUUCUUAACAAAGCAGCUGUCAUAACACGAGACGAUGAGAUAAAUUCUGAUGGAUCAGCAGUGGAUCCAUGGAAGCUCUGCAGUGUGCAGAAAGUGGAAGAAGUAAAAUGCAUUGUGAGGGUACUUCCUAUUUGGUUUGCAGGAACAAUAUACUAUAUUGCUUUGACUCAGCAGCAUACCUAUGGAGUAUUCCAAGCACUUCAAUCGGAUAGACGUUUUGGAAUUGGAACUUUUGAAAUUCCAGCAGCAUCUUACACAGUAUUUCAGAUGCUCUGUCUCACUAUCUGGAUACCUAUCUAUGAUAGACUAAUAGUUCCAGUUCUUCGAAGAAUAACAAAGAAAGAAUCAGGUAUCACGAUCCUCCAGAAAAUAGGCAUUGGCCUGGUUAUCUCGGUAUUUGCUAUGCUAUUAUCAGGCCUGGUGGAAAAACAAAGGAGGACCAUUGCAUUAACAAAGCCAACACUGGGAUUAGCACGAAAAGGAGCUAUUUCUUCCUUGUCAGGUUACUGGUUGGUGCCUCAGCUGGCACUUUUAGGCCUUUCAGAGGCAUUUGCAAUUGUUGGGCUGGUAGAGUUUUACUACAAACAGUUCCCGGAAAACAUGAGAAGCUUUGGGGGAUCUUUCUUCGCUUGUGGCACCGCCAUAUCAAGUUACUUGAGUAGUUUCUUGAUAACAGUUGUACACAGAAUUACUAGAAAUUCAGCUGGAGAAAAUUGGUUGGCAGAAGAUCUUAACAAGGGAAGAUUGGAUUACUAUUUCUACUUCAUUGCAGGUUUAGAGUUUUUAAAUGUAGGGUAUUUUCUACUGGUAGCAAAGUGGUACAGGUACAAGGGAACUGCUGACAACAAUGACCAUGAAGUUGCAAUGGAGAACAUGAAACCUAACAAGUCAGCUGUUUAACAUAAACGCAAGUUACAACAAUGUAGAACAUCUCGGUCAUCAGGUGAUACCCUAGUGGUAAAAGCGUAUCCAAAAUGUUAAAUGAACUCGGGCUCAACUGGCAUCCCCUGCCCUUGUAUAAAAAAAAAGUAGUUAUGUGAUGAAUCUGGAGUUGAAUUAUAUAAUAUUCAGAAUAGUUCGAAUA